UUUGUUAACCGAGUUCGCGAACUUCGCUGAGGGACGCUGCACCGGGUGUUCACCAGACUUGAUGCUGUUUCUGAGAGUCUUCCUCCUAGGUGGGAGGAAGACGAUCCUGAGGCCACGAAUCGGUAUAUAAGCACGGUUGCUCCGACCUGAAUCUGCACAGACCAAUUAUUGCCAUCGUUUGGCGAUAGAACGUUGCACUGUGCGACCAGUAUCAACGGGGAGGUUCGUUUUUCACACAGAUCGAGCAUUUCGUCAACGAGAUGAAAUCGCUCGCUAUCGCGUUAUUGGCCGUUGUUGGUACGUGUUACGCUGCCCGAUUAGACAACACUUACCUUCCCCCGGGCAAUGCAGGCACUGCAGGAGGUGCAGGAUUAAUACAAGCUCCCAAUCGUCCUGGUGCUCCAGGAGGACCUGGUAGACCUGGUGGACCAGGUGGAUCAGGUGGACAUGGAGCAUUUGGCGGUGGUAGUGGAGGACUUGCAGCAUAUAGCGGUGGUGGCGGAGGCGGAGGUGCCUACGGUGGAGGUCCUGGUGGCGGCGGCGGCGGCGGUGGUGGACCAAGAGGAGGACCCGGAGGAGGUCAAGAGAUACCUAUCGUCUCGUUUAACAAUCAGAAUAGUGGUGACGGCAACUACCAAUUCAGCUACGAAACAGGAAAUGGUAUCAGUGCGCAAGAAACAGGUCACCUGCAAGGUAACGCGGAAGCGGUAAGUGGAUCAUACUCGUAUACCGGGCCUGAUGGUGUACAGUAUAGCAUCACCUAUACCGCGGACGAAGAAGGUUUUCACCCUCAAGGCGCGCACUUACCGACUCCACCUCCGAUCCCACCAGAAAUUCAACGAGGUGUUGAAUUAGCUCUUGCUGCAGAAGCCAGAGGCGAAAAUCAAGAUACUUCCGGUGGUGGUGGUAAUGGUGGCGGAGGUGGAUAUGCUCUGGAUCGUUAUACAGGAGGAGGCGGAGGCGGCGGAGGUGGCAGUGGUGGUGGUCGAGGAGGAGGUGGAAGUAGUGGAUCUUAUCAGGGUCCAAACUCGUACCAAACAAGUUCAGGCGGAUACCAUUACUAGACGACACCGCAUAAGUCAUUACAUAUUAUAGAAUCAAUCUUAUUCCAUUACAAUAAUAUCAUUUAAAGGCGGACGUAUGUACAUAAGAAUAUAUCGUUUAUGUAACUUUCUUAUUUAUAUAAAAUAUGAGAACUUUA